GCCCUCCCCUCGCUUCGGCUGCUUCCUUUCCCGCCCCCACGGAGCCUGCUGAGCCCCGGCGGCCCCGGGGCGCGCGCCACACUCCCGGGAAGGGCCGGGGCGUGCCACGGGGAGCAGCUGCUCUGUUACGCCUUGAGGUCCGGAUCGGGAUAGGCCGGCGGCCGCCUUCCCUGCACCAUUCCUUUCCCAGCGGGGCCCGGCGGCGGGCGAGCGACGGCGGCCGCGCCCGGGAGGCGAUUCCUCGGAAUCAAGAUGACCAACGAAGAACCUCUUCCCAAAAAGGUUCGACUGAGUGAAACAGACUUCAAAGUUAUGGCACGAGAUGAGUUGAUUCUAAGAUGGAAACAAUAUGAAGCAUAUGUACAAGCUUUGGAGGGCAAGUACACAGAUCUUAACUCUAAUGAUGUAACUGGCUUAAGAGAAUCUGAAGAAAAACUAAAGCAACAACAGCAGGAGUCAGCACGCAGAGAAAACAUCCUUGUCAUGCGACUAGCAACCAAGGAACAAGAGAUGCAAGAGUGUACUACUCAAAUCCAGUACCUCAAGCAAGUCCAGCAGCCGAGCGUUGCCCAACUGAGAUCAACAAUGGUAGACCCAGCGAUCAACUUGUUUUUCCUAAAAAUGAAAGGUGAACUGGAACAGACUAAAGACAAACUGGAACAAGCCCAAAAUGAACUGAGUGCCUGGAAGUUUACGCCUGAUAGCCAAACAGGCAAAAAGUUAAUGGCGAAAUGUCGAAUGCUUAUCCAGGAGAAUCAAGAGCUUGGAAGGCAGCUGUCCCAGGGACGUAUUGCACAACUUGAAGCAGAGUUGGCUUUACAGAAGAAAUAUAGUGAGGAGCUUAAAAGCAGUCAGGAUGAACUGAAUGACUUCAUCAUCCAACUUGACGAAGAAGUUGAGGGAAUGCAGAGCACCAUUCUGGUUCUUCAGCAGCAGCUGAAGGAGACGCGCCAGCAGUUGGCUCAGUACCAACAGCAGCAGGCUCAGACCUCAGCACCGAGUACCAGCAGGACUACAUCUUCUGAACCUGUAGAGCAGGUAGAGGCCACAAGCAAAGACUGCAGUCGGCUGACCAACGGACCGAGCAAUGGUAGCUCCUCCCGCCAGAGGACGUCUGGGUCUGGAUUUCACAGGGAGGGGAACACAGCCGAAGACGACUUUCCUUCUUCUCCGGGGAAUGGGCAUAAGAUCACCAACAGCUCAGAGGAGAGAACUGGCAGAGGAGGUAGUAGUUACACAAAUCAACUCAGUACGGGGUAUGAAAGUGUAGACUCUCCCACGGGCAGUGAAAACUCUCUCACACACCACUCAAAUGACACAGACUCCAGUCAUGACCCUCAAGAGGAGAAAGCAGUGAGUGGGAAAGGUAACCGAACUGUGGGUUCCCGUCACGUGCAGAAUGGCUUGGACUCCAGUGUAAAUGUACAGGGUUCCGUUUUGUAAUGUUUUUCCAGCAAAUUUUUAUACAGUGUCAUUUAAUUUGGGAGAGGAUACUGUUGAGAUAAUUAAUGCAUACUUUUGUCACAAUUUGCCUUCUUGUGGGUGUGUUUGUUUUUGUUUGUUUUGUUUUUUUGCUUCAAUACCUCUGCCACUUUGGAAAUUGUAACAGUUAAUUUCUUUGAAUGUUGCUAAAAGGACAUUUUGUGUAGGGUCAGGUUAUUUUUAUAUGAGUUAAUGUGAAGUUGUAAAUGGAAAGCUUUCCUUAAAAUAUAACACAAUGAUGUCUGUAUAAAUCUGUGUCUAUUUAGAACCUGUGCUGUGUAAGGGCAUUCUUACUCAUGCUGUUAUUACCCUUAUGCACCAUUCAGACUUGUUAGCAUAGAUGUGGGUUUAUGACUGCCAAGUUUGCCCAGUACAGUAGUUUUUUAUCACUAAAAGUUGGACUUACUGAUGGAGUCCUAUAGUAGUUUCAGUGUUAGUAGAUACAGUUUUUUCCACCAUACAUCUGUGCAUUUUCUCUUUAGGUGACUGAAUGUUUAAGAAAUUUGUGUGCAUAGUUACUCAGUUUUUAUGAACUGUUGUAUCCUGUUAAUGCAUAUUGCUCUGUGACUCCAGUAUAUCUAUCUUACCUGUACUGACCAAACCUAAAUAAAGAUUUUUAUUGUAACUCCUU